AUGCCCCCUGGUUCUCUGACAGCGGGGGUCCCUGGAGGUUCCCAACCCAGGUGUGAGGCAUGGUCCCCGGGCAGGAUUCGAACCCACGUCGCUGGAUCUCUGGUCCAUCACCUUAGCCACUACACCACGGGCGGGGCCCCCAUUACCCGGGGUUUUGGUGGCCUUUUGAGUGUACCACUCUGGGAACCAGACCGGUCCCGGGCUCCAGAGGACCAUGGGGGUCUGUGGGGGUAUCCCAAGCCGGGAAUGAGGCCCCAAGCCCGGGUUGGAGACCUCCAUGGACCAUGGGGAACCAGGGCACUACACUGGGAACCAGACCGGUCCCGGGCUCCAGAGGACCAUGGGGGUCUGUGGGGGUAUCCCAAGCCGGGAAUGAGGCCCCAAGCCCGGGUGGGACCUCCAUGGACCAUGGGGAACCAGGGCACUACACUGGGAACCAGACCGGUCCCGGGCUCCAGAGGACCAUGGGGGUCUGUGGGGGUAUCCCAAGCCGGGAAUGAGGCCCCAAGCCCGGGCUGGGACCUCCAUGGACCAUGGGGAACCAGGGCACUACACUGGGAACCAGACCGGUCCCGGGCUCCAGAGGACCAUGGGGGUCUGUGGGGGUAUCCCAAGCCGGGAAUGAGGCCCCAAGCCCGGGCUGGGGACCUCCAUGGACCAUGGGGAACCAGGGCACUACACUGGGAACCAGACCGGUCCCGGGCUCCAGAGGACCAUGGGGGUCUGUGGGGGUAUCCCAAGCCGGGAAUGAGGGCCGGGUUUGGGGCCUCAUUCCUGGGGAAGACACCUCCAGGGACCCCGCUGGUCCUGGAGGUCUUCAGGCCGGGUUUGAGGCCUCAUUCCUGGGGUUGGGACCUCCAGGGACACCCCCCCUGGUCCCUGGAGGUCUCCAGGCCGGGUUUGGGGCCUCAUUCCUGGGGUUGGGACCUCCAGGGACCCCGCCUGUCCUGGAAGUCUCCAGGCCAGGUUUGGGGCCCCAUUCCUGGGGAAGAUACCUCCAGGGACCCCGCUGGUCCUGGAGGUCUCCAGGCCGGGUUUGGGGCCUCGUUCCUGGGGAAGAUACCUCCAGGGACCCCGCUGGUCCUGGAGGUCUCCAGGCCGGGUUUGGGGCCUCAUUCCUGGGGUUGGGACCUCCAGGGACCCCGCUGGCCGGGUUUGGGGCCUCAUUCCUGGGGUUGGGACCUUCAGAGACACCCCCCUGGUCCUGGAGGUCUUCAGGCCGGGUUUGAGGCCUCAUUCCUGGGGUUGGGACCUCCAGGGACCCUGCUGGUCCUGGAGGUCUCCAGGCCGGGUUUGGGGCCUCAUUCCUGGGGUUGGGACCUCCAGCAACACACCCCCAGUCCCUGGAGGUCUCCAGCCCGGGCUGGGGGCCUCAUUCCCGGGGAAGAUACCUCCAGGGACCCCGCUGGUCCUGGAGGUAUCCAGCCCGGGUUUGGGGCCUCAUUCCUGGGGUUGGGACCUCCAGGGACACACCCCCAGUCCCUGGAGGUCUCCAGGCCGGGUUUGGGGCCUCAUUCCUGGGGAAGAUACCUCCAGGGACCCUGCUGGUCCUGGAGGUAUCCAGGCCGGGUUUGGGGCCUCAUUCCUGGGGUUGGGACCUCCAGGGACACCCCCCUAGUCCCUGGAGGUCUCCAGGCCGGGCUUGGGGCCUCAUUCCCGGGGAAGAUACCUCCAGGGACCCCGCUGGUCCUGGAGGUAUCCAGCCCGGGUUUGGGGCCUCAUUCCUGGGGUUGGGACCUCCAGCAACACACCCCCAGUCCCUGGAGGUCUCCAGCCCGGGCUGGGGGCCUCAUUCCCGGGGAAGAUACCUCCAGGGACCCUGCUGGUCCUGGAGGUAUCCAGCCCGGGUUUGGGGCCUCAUUCCUGGGGUUGGGACCUCCAGGGACCCCGCUGGUCCUGGGCCGGGUUUGGGGCCUCAUUCCUGGGGUUGGGACCUCCAGGGACACCCUCCUGGUCCUGGAGGUCUCCAGGCCGGGUUUGAGGCCUCAUUCCUGGGGUUGGGACCUCCAGAGACACCCCCCUGGUUCUGGAGGUCUCCAGGCCAGGUUUGGGGCCUCAUUCCUGGGGAAGAUACCUCCAGGGACCCUGCUGGUCCUGGAGGUAUCCAGCCCGGGUUUGGGGCCUCAUUCCUGGGGUUGGGACCUCCAGGGACACACCCCCAGUCCCUGGAGGUCUCCAGCCCGGGCUGGGGGCCUCAUUCCCGGGGAAGAUACCUUCAGGGACCCUGCUGGUCCUGGAGGUAUCCAGCCCGGGUUUGGGGCCUCAUUCCUGGGGUUGGGACCUCCAGGGACACACCCCCAGUCCCUGGAGGUCUCCAGCCCGGGCUGGGGGCCUCAUUCCCGGGGAAGAUACCUCCAGGGACCCUGCUGGUCCUGGAGGUAUCCAGCCCGGGUUUGGGGCCUCAUUCCUGGGGUUGGGACCUCCAGGGACCCCGCUGGUCCUGGGCCGGGUUUGGGGCCUCAUUCCUGGGGUUGGGACCUCCAGGGACACCCUCCUGGUCCUGGAGGUCUCCAGGCCGGGUUUGAGGCCUCAUUCCCGGGGUUGGGACCUCCAGGGACCCUGGUUCUGGAGGUCUCCAGGCCAGGUUUGGGGCCUCAUUCCUGGGGAAGAUACCUCCAGGGACCCUGCUGGUCCUGGAGGUAUCCAGCCCGGGUUUGGGGCCUCAUUUCUGGGGUUGGGACCUCCAGGGACACACCCCCAGUCCCUGGAGGUCUCCAGCCCGGGCGGGGGGCCUCAUUCCCGGGGAAGAUACCUCCAGGGACCCUGCUGGUCCUGGAGGUAUCCAGCCCGGGUUUGGGGCCUCAUUCCUGGGGUUGGGACCUCCAGGGACCCCGCUGGCCGGGUUUGGGGCCUCAUUCCUGGGGUUGGGACCUCCAGGGACACCCUCCUGGUCCUGGAGGUCUCCAGGCCGGGUUUGAGGCCUCAUUCCUGGGGUUGGGACCUCCAGAGACACCCCCCCAGUCCCUGGAGGUCUCCAGCCCGGGCUGGGGGCCUCAUUCCUGGGGUUGGGACCUCCAGAGACACCCCCCCAGUCCCUGGAGGUCUCCAGCCCGGGCUGGGGGCCUCAUUCCCGGCUUGGGAUACCCCCACAGACCCCCGUGGUCCUCUGGAGCCCGGGACCGGUCUGGUCCCCAGUGUAGUGCCCUGGUUCUGGGACAAGAGGCACUUGGAAUUAGUAUGAAACCCACCUCUCACUGCUAUACAAAGCACCCACCCCCAUGGUCUCUGGAGGUCCCCAGCCCGGGCUUGGGGCCUCAUUCCCGGCUUGGGAUACCCCCACAGACCCCCAUGGUCCUCUGGAGCCCGGGACCGGUCUGGUUCCCAGUGUAG